GCUCACCUCCCUCCAUGCUCUGGCCACAUGUGACCAGGCCCGGCUCUCAGUGUGGCCACCGUAACGGGGGCCAUGGGGAGCUCCGCUUCCUCGCUGGCCGCCGAGACUGAGUCGGACCAUGGCUUCCCCACGGGGCCGCCCUACCCAGGGCCCCCGGCAGCAGCCGGCUGUUGUAGGAGCGGCCCUGGGGGACCUGUCUGGGGUGGUGCCCUGGUCACCCGGCAGCACCAGACCCCACGCCCUGAGGCCCGAAGCCACACACACUCGCCUGGGUCCAUGGCCACGGUUGGAGAGUGGUCUUGUGCGCGCUGCACCUUCCUGAACCCGGCCGGCCAGCGCCAGUGCUCCAUUUGUGAGGCUCCCCGGCACAAGCCCGAUCUCGACCAGAUCCUGCGACUCAGCGUUGAGGAGCAGAAAUGGCCUUGCGCCCGAUGCACAUUCCGGAACUUCCUGGGCAAGGAGGCCUGUGAGGUGUGUGGCUUUGCCCCAGAGCCUGUGCCCGGCACCUCCCUGCUGCCAGUCAUCAACGGGGUCCUACCCAAGCCGCCCACCAUCCUGGUGGAGCCCAAGGGCAGCUGCAAGGAGGAGGCGGGUCCAGCGCAGACGGAGGGACUAGUGGCCAUGGAGCCAGUUGGGGGGCAGCCUGAGGAGGAGGAGAAGCAGGAGGAGGAGGAGGAGGAGGGGUCAGCAGAACCUGGGAGCGGCUGGGCCUGCCCUCGCUGCACAUUGCACAACACACCCAUGGCCAGUUCCUGCUCUGCCUGCGGGGGCCCCCGGAAACUCUCACUGCCCAGGAUUCCUCCCGAGGCCCUCGUGGUCCCUGAAGUUGUGGCCCCCGCUGGCUUCCACAUCACACCUGCCCCGCCCCAACCUGGGGAAAGCACUGAAGCUGACCCACCCUCUGCUGCCACCGACCAGGAGCCACCCCGGAUGCCGCCCUUCAGCCCCUUCUCACCCACCCUGCAGAACAACCCCGUGCCCCGUAGCCGCCGUGAGGUACCCCCCCAGCUGCAGCCACCGGUGCCUGAGGCCACCCAGCCCUCCCUGGCUGCUGGCUCCAAGGGUCCCCCUCAGGUCCCAGGGCGGACUUCUGCUGGGGCCUCCCGCUUGGCAGAGCUGCUUUCAGUCAAGCGACUUAGUGCUCUGGAGGAGGAGGUGGCUGAGGGCGGCACUGUGCUGCGCCGGUGCAGCUCCUGCUCCGCACCCGGCCCCGCAAGCCUGUGUGAAGCCUGUGGCACUGCUCCGGGCAGUGAUGUCAUUGACCUGGCCGGCGAUACUGUGCGCUACACUCCAGCGAGCCCCUCCAGCCCCGACUUCACCACCUGGUCAUGUGCCAAGUGCACACUCAAGAACCCCACAGCAGCCCCCAGGUGCACCAUGUGUGGCUGCUCCAAGCUGCAUGGCUUCCAGGAGCACAGCGAGCCGCCUCCUCGCUGCCCAGACUGCAGCACGGACAAGCCUGGCCUCUGCACCGUCCACAAGGCCAGCCGCCUCUUUCCCGAGGCACCACCCGAACGCCUAGGUCAGUGGGCCUGCCCGGCCUGCACACUGCUCAAUGUGCCACGGGCUAAGCACUGUGCCGUCUGCCACACACCCCAGCUCCUGGAGGCCCAGCGCCGGGGUGCCGCGCCCCUGAGGCGCAGGGAGAGUAUGCACGUGGAGAAGCGGCGGCAGACAGAUGAGGGUGAGGCCAAGGCUCUCUGGGAGAACAUCGUGGCCUUCUGCCGGGAGAACAAUGUGAACUUCGUGGAUGACAGCUUCCCACCUGGGCCCGAGUCUGUGGGCUUCCCUGCAGGUGACAGCGUCCAGCAGCGUGUUAAACAAUGGCUGAGGCCUCAUGAGAUCAACUGCUCUGUCUUCAGGGACCACAGCACCUCCUGGUCUGUAUUCCACACUCUCCGACCCUCAGACAUCCUGCAGGGGCUGCUGGGCAACUGCUGGUUUCUGAGUGCUCUGGCUGUGCUGGCUGAGCGGCCCGACCUGGUUGAGCGGGUGAUGGUCACACGCAGUCUGUGCACGGAGGGCGCCUACCAGGUGCGGCUCUGCAAGGAUGGCACGUGGACGACGGUGCUGGUGGAUGACAUGCUGCCCUGCGAUGAAGCCGGCUUCCUCCUCUUCUCACAGGCCCAGCGGAAGCAGCUGUGGGUGGCCCUCAUCGAGAAGGCGCUGGCCAAGCUGCACGGCUCCUACUUUGCCCUCCAGGCAGGGCGCGCCAUCGAAGGCCUGGCCACACUCACCGGUGCCCCCUGUGAGAGCCUGGCGCUGCAGGUCAGCUCCACUAACCCCCGCGAGGAACCCGUUGACACUGACCUCAUCUGGGCCAAAAUGCUGAGUUCUAAGGAGGCUGGGUUCCUCAUGGGCGCUUCUUGUGGUGGGGGCAACAUGAAGGUGGACGAUGCUGCCUACGAGAGCCUGGGCUUGCGCCCCCGCCAUGCCUACUCCAUCCUGGAUGUCCGUGAUGUCCAGGGCUCCAGGCUCCUGCGCCUCCGGAACCCAUGGGGCCGCUUCUCCUGGAACGGCAGCUGGUCAGAUGAGUGGCCACACUGGCCAGGGCACCUGCGUGGUGAGCUCAUGCCACACGGCAGCAGUGAAGGUGUCUUCUGGAUGGAGUACAGUGACUUCAUCAGGUACUUUGACUCUGUGGACAUCUGCAAAGUGCACUCAGACUGGCAGGAGGUGCGGGUGCAGGGCUGUUUCCCCAACUCGGCCAGUGGGCCCGUGGGGGUGACAGCGCUCACCGUGCUGGAGCGCGCAUCCCUGGAGUUUGCCCUCUUCCAGGAGGGCAGCAGGCGUGCAGACUCAGCAGACAGCCACCUCCUGGACCUGUGUGUCCUGGUGUUCCGAGCCUCCUUCGGCAGCGGUGGCCGCCUGAGCCUGGGCCGCCUGCUGGCUCACAGCAAGCGAGCUGUCAAAAAGUUCGUCAACUGUGAUGUGAUGCUGGAGCCUGGCGAGUACGCUGUGGUGUGCUGUGCCUUCAACCACUGGAGCCCCACCACGCUGGGCCCCCCAGCUGCUGCACAGGCCUCCAGCCCACGCUGCUCGCUGGAGCCACCUGGCCAUGUGCUGGCUGUGUACAGCUCGAGGCUGGUCAUGGUGGAGCCCGUGGAGGCCCAGCCAACCACACUGGCGGACGCCAUCAUCCUGCUCACAGAGAGCCGAGGGGAACGGCAUGAGGGACGUGAGGGCAUGACCUGCUAUUACCUGACGCACGGCUGGGCAGGGCUCAUCGUGGUGGUAGAGAACCGGCACCCCAAGUCCUACCUGCAUGUACAGUGUGACUGCUCUGAUAGCUUCAAUGUGGUGUCCACGCGCGGCAGCCUGCGCACCCAGGACAGUGUACCACCCCUGCACAGGCAGGUCCUGGUGAUCCUGUCCCAGCUCGAGGGCAACGCCGGCUUCUCCAUCACCCACCGCCUGGCACACCGCAAGGCAGCCCAGGCCUUCCUCAGCGACUGGACGUCCUCCAGGGGCACCCACAGCCCCCCACUCACACCCGAGGUCGCUGGCCUGCACGUGCCCCGGCCAUUGUGACCUCCAUGCUCACGCCCGCCUGCCCCCCCACAUGCACUUUAGGAGGGAGACCCCAACAGAGGACGCUUGAACCAGAAUCUCAGGACCCCGCCCAGGGAGCUGCCAGCCACGAUUGCAGCUUUCCUUGGACCUUCUUCCCUGCCCCUCCCUCCUGUCCAGGGCCUCCUCGCUGCCAAGCAGAAUACCUCCAACCCGCUUCUAGCAUGAGGGGGCUCUGCACGGCCCCUCUGACCAGCCUGCCUCGAGGUCGGGUUCAGACUGCCAGGGCUGAGGCGAGGUCGCCCCUUUCCCCUUGCCUGUGUGAGGCAGCCACGAGCUCCAUUUACAAAACCAAAUCUGGGCAGGUCCGGGGCUAGGAUGCAAGGGUUAGCAGGGACCACCUCUCCCCUCUUGGGGUCAGAGGCCAGGACUCCAGGAUGAGCAGGCAGGGACCAUCCCUUUGUGGGGAUCAGAGGCUGGGACCCUGAGAUGGGUAGGGACCACCCCCUUUGGGGGGUCAGAGGCCAGAACCCCAAGGUGAGGAGGGACCACGCCCUCUGUGGGGCACGAGCCUUCUCUCCCCAGCUUGCCCCAAGAGCCCAUCCUCUCACCCCCUGCACUCCCACAAGGCAAGCAGCGGUCUCUGGAGUCUCAGCAGUGUGUCCCAGGAGGCAGGUGCCUGGUGACCAUGGGCUCAGGACCAGGGGAGGGGAGAGUCCUAGCUGCCCCCUCUGGCUACACUAUGCAAUUCCUGGAGCGCUGGUCAGGAUUGAAGCCAUGCCCCCAGGGCUGUGGGACAGAAGCUGCCAUUUGGUGAGGUGGUUUGUCCUCAGCACCACCUGACCUCUGCCAGGAGGACCAGGGUCCAACAGAAAUCCUUGGCCAGCCUUGUCUAGGCGCCUGCGGGGCAGGGUGUGGCUCCUCCCAGCCCCUCCCCUGCCUCAGAAGCCCAGGUGGCUGGGCUGUCUCCCAACUGCCCUCCCCUAUGGCUGCUUAAAGUCUUGCAUCUGCCUGUGGACAUCUGAGGCCGACUUCCGGAGGCCCACCUGGCCUUGCUGCCCUCCAGCCCCUAGGAAGUAGGCAGCCCUGCCCACCGCCCCUCACUUCCUGUGGGGCUUGUGGGUUUUUUACCACUGGAGAAACACCAGGAAGCACUACACUCCCCUUUGGGCCUCCUUUAUAUUUUUUCCUUGUACUCUGAGCUGUGAAUAUUUUUAACCCUGUACAUACAGCCAGCUCUUCUGACACAGAGACUAUUUUAUCAGCCGUUUCCCAGCCUUCUAGGAUGAUUCUCCGUGGGUAUUUCCAGACU